AUGAGGAAAUUGACACUGGCACAAAUCAUAGCCAUACUAGGAUUUUGUCAGUUUCCUGUGCAUUCAUUUGUGUGUGUGUUUAGUUCUGUGCAAUUUUGUCAAACACACACACGCCCAACUGACAAGCCCCUGCAUCUGCCCUUCCAGGAUGUCUACAAAAUUGGUGGUAUUGGUACUGUCCCGGUGGGCAGAGUGGAGACUGGUGUUCUCAAGCCCGCCAUGGUGGUCACCUUUACUCCAGUCAAUGUUACAACUGAAGUAAAGUCUGUUGAAAUGCACCAUGAAGCUGUGAGUGAAGCUCUUCCUGGGGACAAGGUGGGCUUCAAUGUCAAGAACGUAUCUGUCAAAGAUGUUCACCUUGGCAAUGUGGCUGGUGACAGCAAAAAUGAUCCACCAAUGGAAGCAGCUGGCUCCACAGCUCAGGUGAUUAUCCUGAACCACCCAGGCCAGACCAGUGCUGCAUAUGCACCUGUGUUGGAUUGUCACACAGCUCACAAUGCUUGCAAAUUUGCUGAGCUGAAAGAGAAGAUUGAUCGUCGUUCUGGGAAAAAGCUGGAAGAUGGCCCCAAGUUGAAAUCGGGUGAUGCUGCCAUCAUUGAUAGGAUUUCUGGCAAGCCCAUGUGUGUUGAGAGCUUCUCUGACUACCCUCCUCUGGGCCAUUUCGCUGUUCGUGAUAUGAGACAGACAGUUGCUGUGGGUGUCAUCAAAGCAGUGGACAAGAAGGCAGCUGGAGCUGGCAAAGUCACCAAGUCUGCCCAGAAAGCUCAGAAGGCUAAAUGAACAUUAUUCCUAACAGCUGCCACCCCAGUCUUAAUCAGUGGUGGAAGAACGGUCUCAGAACCGUUUGUCUCAAUUGGCCAUUUAAGUUUAAUAGUAAAAGACUGGUUAAUGAUUA